AUGGCGCAGCCAUCCAACACCACUCCAGUCCCAGAUCCCAUGCCAGUCAAUCUUCCAGGCCACUAUGUGGUCGAGCAUCGCAGGACUUUCUUCCGCGUAGAGCUGAACCAUGACGAGGAGGACCUCAUCCCCCGGCGCUACCUCGAAGCUGCGGAGAAAUCCAACGAUUAUAGAAUCUCUCCCUGGAUCAUGCAUGCCUUCCGAACAGAGAAGGGGGUCAUCGAAUUCGCGAAAUGGAGCCCAUCGGACUCGCGUUUCCGCACGACCUUCGAGAGCUUGGUUAAGAAUCCUUGCCUUAAAGAGGGUCUGUUUGCCGGUGGGUACGAGGCCACAGGGCUGCCUACUGAUAAUCGGCCCCUGGACGAGACCGAGGCUCGGCGCUUCGCCCGGAUCAUGAGGCUGGAGCAGCGGGCCAUCGUGUCCUUCCUGCAGGAUAUCCUGAAGGGUGCAUCGACUGCUCACCGGACCCCUGAUGGCAAGUCUAAGCUGUCUCUGACGUACCGUCGCAAGCGCAUUGCGUAUUUCAUGAACAGCAUGAGCAGAAGGAGGGCAACUCAUACUGGGCCUGAAACGCACGCUUUCCUGACCGUGGACCACCAUCCGAACGAACGCGUCUUUAGCCGUAAUGUGGUUCCUAUCACAGUGACCGACAACCCCCACAUCACCGUCCCGGCCCACUUCCAAAAGUGCGUGGAGAUCCUCAUCGGCCAACUCAGCUACCAGAUGCGCGACGUAUCGAACAACAUCUUCAGCCUGGCGGACCAAGAAGCGUACCUCCUGCACCUGCACGGGUCGCAUCUGCAGCUGCUCCGCCUGGUGGCGCCGGGGUUCAAGACGUCGCAGAUCCGGUCGCACGCGCACGAGGGCUUCGUCAACGGGGAAACGCACACCUCGCUGCCGCCCAACUUUGCCGAGCAUCUCGCCGUGAGCUUCCUCGACGACUCGGACGGCGACCUCCGCGCGCUGCGCACGCGCCUUGAGCGCCGCUUCAUCCGCAAGGUCCUGGAGCAGGUCACGUGGUUCCGCCUGAACCGCGGCGCCGCCACCGAGGGCACCAUCGAGCAGGCCCUCAACCAGGACUGCAGGGUGUUCCAGGUCCUCGUGAGUCCGGAGUAUGACCUGUGGACCUGGGAGGGGUUCCGUGGCGCCGUGCGUCUGGUCUCCGGGCUGUGUCGGUAUCUGAUGAGUGGCGCGGCGCGGGUCGGCGCGGUGCAGAAGCUGUUCUGGCUGUGGCCGAAGAAGGUGGAUGAUGGGGAUGAUUAUGAUGAGGGGGAGUUUGAUUGGUUCUGGCGGCAGAAUUGGGGUAUGGAAGUGGAUGAGGAAGAGGAAGAUGAAACUGAGGCGAGUCUGGAUUCCGCGGACCCGGACCCGGAUUAUGAAAAUCUCGACGAUUAUGAGACGGAGCUGGGAGUCGAGCUGGAGGAUGACGGCGCUGCGUAUGGAAGUGAGGAUGAUGAGGGCAUCGAGAUGAGCGGCGAACAGGAUGCAGACACUGAGUAA